AUGACCAGUGACUCUGGCAUCUCCGGAGAUAUCAAAGACUACCCCUUUCUUACUAAAGAGGAGUUUGCGGAGGCCUGUCACCACCUAGAUCGACGGUACACGCAGGCCACCCUCGGCCCCGUCAGGCGGUUAUGGAGGCUCAGCACAUGUACCGCUCUGGACACCACGUUCGUCUUCGAUGAUGCGGCCUACACGACCUAUGUGCAGAUUACACGCCCUCUCGAGGAACAGCCUGACCUAGAUCUGUCUGCUGAUCUAGGCAGUUUCUCGUUUGCGUCCGAAACGGACCAAGCGGAUCAGAUGGUGAUGGGAGACCAAGACAUGGUGGAGGCAGAGGAUAUGGAUGAGGCAGCAUUGGUGAAGAAACCCAGACAGGUCCACACCUCUGGACACGUCACAUAUGAGAUCCAUCUCCACCCAACCUACAGAGCUCCCUGUCUCUGGUUCAGCCUUCAUGGACUUCCCGUGGACGAGGUCGCUUUCAGCAUCGAUACCGUCUACCGGCGGCUCGUGCCAGACCAGUUCAAAGACGUCCUUCGGUCAGCAGGGGGCAUCGGAGGCAUCUCCGCCGACCACCAUCCGGUCACGGGAGUACCGUGCUUUUUCGUCCAUCCCUGUGUCCUCGGCGAAGCCAUGCAGAGCUUUCGCUGCACCCGUGAAAACUACCUCAUGAUCUGGCUCGGUUUCGUCGGCCCCACGGUCGGCCUUUGGGUGCCCAAGGAGAUGGCGAUUGGCUGA